UGUAGCCUAUCUAAAAAUGGACGAAAUUUAAUUUUUUCAAUUUCUGGUUUUGGCAAAGUCGAUUUUUAAGGUUUUUUGUCUUCUUUGGCUCGUCCAAAAGUCGAGUUUUUCUCUUUUAUAGGCCUAAAAAGGCGAUUUUUACCUUGCUUUGCAUCAGGAUGUGUAAAGUUGCAGCUUUCAGUUUGUUUAUGAGACAUGAAAGAGAGGGCAAAACAAACAACUAGAAGAAGGAGAAAAUCAAACUAGAAGAAAGAACGUCGGAAUUUCGGAAGAAACCGAAAGUGGUGGACCACUACCGAGCGGUAUUAUCUACAUAGCUGUAGCAUCCUCGAUUAAAAAAGGCCCGCUUUUAGCCGAAUUCGACGAAGAUAAGAACAGUAGCAGUGUGUGCUUUUAGUACUUGCUUCAAAUGGAGUCAUCUUUUGCUGUCGAUGAAAUUGCAAGUUGCACUAACAGCAUUAUAACAUAUAUAAUCAAUGGAAUAUCAAACAAAUUGCCCAUAAAGGAAAGGGACAUCACGACCGUCUUAAAUGUUAAAGGACGACUGUUCAAUAUGGCGCUGACACAAGCAAAAACUGCUUUACAGGAGACCUUUGGAAUAGUGAUGGUAGAUGUGCCUGAUUCUAAAAGCGGUAAAGCUAUCAUAUGCUACAAUGAGGACAGUGGAAAGUCGGUUCUACUGUUUGACGGGGAACAACAACGCCAACUAACAUUGCUUUUUGUUUUACUUUCGUAUUUAUUUAUGCGCGGUUCUGAUGCACCUCAAAACAACAAUACUAGUGAAGAGGAUUUGGUUAAUUUUCUCAAUGGGAUACGCAUACAUUUCGAUGCCCCUCAUGAGUACUUUGGGGAUAAUAUUAAGAAAUUAAUAACGGAAACAUUUGUUAAACAACUUUACCUUAAACGUGAAAAAGUUGUAUCCGAAAUGGAAUCGGAAGUGAAAUUUUACUAUUCAUGGGGAUUUAGAGCUCAUAUGGAAUUCGAUAAAAAGAUGGUUUUGGAAGCGACAGCGAAGAUAUUAAAAAAGCCUCCCAGUUUCUUCGUUGCCAAGUACCAAGAAGUUCAUCAAGAAGACAAACAAAUGGAGACAUAAUGCUUAUUAAUAUUCACUAUUAUUCAAUUUUAUAUUCUAGAUCUAGGCUAUAAAAUAAAACGUUUUAAUAACGCGUUCAAGAAA